CGUUACCAAUCUAAAUUUCUCUUAUCGUAGCGCUUGCGUAUCACAAUGUGGUCGUGAUGCGUUCGAGACAGAUCCUGUGUGUGUGUACAUCAUGUUGAAUUUGUGACAAUCGCAAGUUAAAACCAGAAUGAAGUUUCGUCAAGUACUUGCUGUCUUGGUUUUUCUGUGGGCUGAUUUCGUGAUCACCAGAGGCUGCGGCACUACCACACACAUAGAAAUAGGGCACAGAGCAACAGAAUAUUUUGAAGAUGAUUCAGGCGGCGUGGAUUACAAAAAGCUUAUCUUAGACAACCAGGAUGCAUUUCAAGGAGGAAAUCCAUACCCGGAUGCUUUUUACCCCAAUAUAUGCCAAGGAGGUAAAUUUCACCAAGUGUCAGAGGACACACACUGGGUACCUUUUCUCAAUGCAACCAUCAACUACAUCAGGAGGGUCUAUCCUAAACCGUGGGACAAGGAGACAGAGAAGUUGGUUGUAUUCAUGCUGGGCUUCACCUCGCAUCAGGUCGCUGAUGUGUCUUGGCACAGUCUCGGCAUCGACCAAGGAUUUCUGACUACCAUGGGAGAUGUGAAUUUCCAUGGCAAUUACGGCAAUGCCCACUCUGUCGGAGAUAUCGGUGGAGACAUAGUUGGGACCUUUGAAUUCAACCUAUCCUAUAUAGACACCCUGUCGGAAUGGUACAUACCCACUAAAGAUCUCGUUGUAAUUUACAAAGAGCUGUAUGGACGUGACAUUGUCGAAAGCAGUCUGAUUGAAGAAUGCACUGCACUUUUAUUCCUCGAAAGACUUGGUGAAAAACUAGCCAUCUCAAAGUUGUUUCCAGAUUAUGCCAGGAAGUCCCCUUUUCUGGUCGAGCAGUUCCAGUCCUACUUUUUAGGCGGUCUAGAUGACAUGGCGACGUGGACCACCAAUGUUUGGCAUGAAGCCAUCUACAUGCUCGACAAAGGCACAGGUGCUUGUAGUCUACCCAGAAAUCCCAUCUACCUCAACUGUACCCAGAAUGCCACAGUGGCCAAUACACCGUCAUCAGAUGCUGAUGCUUCAAAACUUUCUGGGCUUCACACCAAAGUUGACCUCCAGGGGUUGACCCCUGACCUGGUUCACAGGCGGCAGACAACGAGGGGUGUGUACUUUUCACCGGCUGAAACACUGAAGAGAAAAAUUCAGACUCUUAUCCAAAAGAGAACCACAGCACUGAAAGCAUUGCAGUCACGUUCCAAUUCCACCAAUCUGAGGUCUUCAUCAUAUCUGAAGUCCACUUUCACAACGGCAAAUUCCUACGCCCAUCUGGGAUGGUCGAUUCUCACGGCCGACAUCAAUGCAGACAAGAUGGACGAUCUGAUCAUCGGGGCACCAGGUUACAGUUUGGCUGGUAACCCACAGAAUGGACGGGUCUUUGUUGUGUUCGGCCAAGAAGGCGGCUUACCAGAGCAGCUUGAUCUAGACACAAUGGCAAAUCUGACGCUGUCGGUAACUAAUAUGAAAAACAGUCAUUUUGGAACUGCCAUUGCGGUUCUCGACUUCAAUCAAGAUGGCUUGGAAGAUCUUGCCGUGAGUGCGCCCUCCACUGGCUCUGCGAGUCUCAAUUAUACAGGUGCAGUGUUUGUAUAUUUAGCCAAAUCUGCGGGGGUGUUCUACCCAACGCCAAAUGUUAGUGUGGUGUGCAAGUCAAAGUAUUGCAACCUUGGCUGGUCACUAGGAACGGCCGACCUGAACCAAGAUGGCUACCUUGACCUCAUCAUUGGGUCACCGUUUGUUGGCAACAGGCAAGGUCAACAGCAGAGUGGUGCCUUGUGGGCCGUGUACUCCAAGAAGAUAAAACCUGGAAGAAGACUUCUAUCUGUGGAAACCAACGGGACACUUUUACUUGAAGGAGAACAGCAAUAUGGUUGGCUUGGGUACAAUCUAAUGAUCGAGCCUAAAAUGCAAGGUCAAGGGUCGUGGCUUCUAGUCUCCCAACCAGCGGUACGCAUAUGUACCAGUCCUGACUGCGAGUUUUCGCCUGACGACAUCCAAAGUGUAGGUCGGCUUUUGGUCUAUGACACCAAGGAUUUAACCAAACCGGUUCGGAAUAUUACAGGACAGAAAGCAUUUGGUAAACUUGGAUCAUCAUUUGGUGUGGGAGACCCUUAUGGAAACGGUGAAGAAAUGCUCGGUGUUGGAGCAGAUACUGUCAACGUCCAGGGAAAGGUUGUUGGUGUUUCAACCACAUUUACGCAGGCUGGUAACGUCAAUUUAUUCAGCCUCUCUGCUGCAAAAGAUGCUGAAAGUGUUUCUGACAGUUACAAAUUUGGACCAGCCAGCGGAUCGGAAGCCUUGUUUGAAGGGGAUCGUAGCUUGGGACGAUUCGGGGCCAGUCUGCUGAUGGAUGAUGUCACCAAUGAUGGCAUUGAUGACUUAGUAAUUGGCGCGCCAUUGCGGAUUGACGACAUCACUGAAGAACUUUAUGGAGGUGAACAAGGAGCAGUGUAUCUUUUCAAAGGUGGUAAAUCAUUAUCCAGAGGGAAUGUCACAAGAGAGUGUAAUCUCCUGCAUCGAUUUGUCGAACCGUGCACCGGAGACAAGGCAACGGCAGUGUUCUCAGUCCCAGAGUCUGGCACCAGAUUUGGUCAUCGGCUGGCUUCUUGGAAAACUGGCACGACGACACGUUUAGUCGUAACAGCUCCAAGGAGCAGUAAGCAAGGUCGACUCGCGGGGGCCGUGUUUGUCUAUUCCGGCUUCAACUGAUUCCUAUCAUCUCAUUCCUCCAUUGUAAGUACCAUUCGAUUCAUACCCACGAACAUUCAAUUCUUAUCAUGUCCAGAUUACAAGGACAAACCAGUUGAGUUUUUUAUCAUCAGGAAUUUGUUGAAAAAGUCUGCAAAAAAUAAAGGAAAGCAAAGCAUUCAGUUGGGACUUUCGAAUUACCCCAAGUCAUGCCGCGCAACAGAACUUUGUUACUAUUGCACUUGCAAUCAACAAUCCACGGUAAAAGAGUUUCAUGGUUCUCACUUGCCUUAUCCGUUUCCCCGUAAAAUUGGUCAAGCAAUAUAAAGUAGUGCCUGGCGUUGGCGAAGGCGUCUUGCUAUUUCAAAGCUAUCAAAUGUCCACCUGUAGUUAACCCGAAUUACCUGAGAACAAUGUAGAGUGGAAAAUCCUAUUUUUAUCACCAGAAUAUACUUAACAAUUUAUACAUGUUAGACGCUAUUUAAAUACCUGUCUGUAAUUUCUAUGGGUGAUGUGGUUUUUGCUUAAAUUUCGUAAAGAACCUUAUUGCAUAGCAUAUAGAGGCUUUGCAUGGUAGCCAUCUUGCAAGACAGUUCUUUUGUUCCACAGGGAAACCUUUGUGCAUACCCUUUGACACAAAAGCUUUGGCCUGCAAGAUGGCAGCCAUGUAAACCCUCUAUAGUUGCAAAUGAACUUUUGAGUUUGCAGUGCUCUUAAAUGAAACAAAAGCUAUGCCAAAUCCGCUCCGAGCGGAACAAAAGAGGGCGUGAAAUUGACGGUCCUUUGGUACCAACUCACCACAUAGGCAAGUAUAUGCGCAUUUGACGCUGAGUACGCGCAACAAAUUAUUUGGAAUGUAUUGUCUUUACGUACAUGUACACGCAGAACGCGUGCAAGAACCCGCUGUCUUUCUUUCGCCGAUUGGGGGUGCAAUUCAGCUCAGGGCGGAUAAAAGGAAAUAGACUGGUGCACGAAAUGUUGUACUUCUUGUACUGUGAAAAAAACAUGUCUAGUACCAAGGCUUUCCUGCAUGUUAAUGCCGAACUAACGAUUGGUCCACUUUUUCAGAAAAUGCGACGGCCGGGUGUGUAGGUACCAUUCUGAAAUAUUGAACUCGUUAAUUAAAAACUCACUGCUGCAAAAAUUAGAGAAAAAUUUUUUGGAACUUGGAAUUUGAACCUCAUACUUGUGAAAAACAGGUAGUAGGAAUUUUACAAAAAUACUGAAAAUUUUGCUUUUAAAUUGGGCGCUCGUCUUUAUUUGUGAAGGAUUGUAAUGUACCUGUGUACUCAUGAUGAAAUUAGUGCAGUUCACUAAGUUGUAGUCUUUCGUUUUGGAAAUCGGUUACAAAUUAUUUGUUUUUUCCUGAAAUAUAUAUUUUUCUAAUUAUGAAUUUGUCAUAAUUUGUUGCAAUUUUUGUGUAUAUCAACCAAUAACAGAGAGUACGUGGUAAAUAUGACAUUCAAA